AUGCCAAUGAACUCCGCUUAUAAUAGUGCUGAAAAAUCUAGAUCUGAAAACGGACAAAAUUGUGUGCAUAAACGGAGAAUUCAAAUUAAUGUUCGUGGAGAGAAGUUUGAAACUUACGAAGACACAUUAUCUCGUUUUCCAAGGACUUUGCUGGGAUCUCAAUCAAAACGACGGCGUUUCUACAAUCCUUCUCGGCGAGAGUAUUAUUUUGAUAGGGACAAAGCACUUUUCAACUCGAUAUUGUUCUAUUAUCAGUCGAACGGUAUCCUGUCCAAACCAGACACAGUUUCAUACGAGAUGUUCUCGUCUGAACUGAAGUUUUUCCAGCUUGAUGGCGAUUACGAGGAGUCUGACCAAGAAUUUGAUCACGCACUCUCCGCCGCAUCGAGGCGAAACGCAAACGACAGCUUAACCUUCUUGCGAAAACUUACGAGAACUCGAAGAAAUAUUUGGAGGUUUUUCGAACAACCAGUAACUCCAUCCGAAAGAACCAUUGCCAAAUUCUCUCUAAUACUGACUGUGUUAUCUAUGGUUUGCCUGUGUUUGGAAACUUUACCUGUCGUUCAACAAAACCAGCUUGAAAUUCAACAAAGAAACUCAACUACAGAGGAAAUAAACGUGGAUUACGAUAUUGUUUGGUCAGCUGUGGAAGUUGUCUUUACAAUAUGGUUUACUGUGGAGUUCGUCCUACGAUUUUUAUGCGCGCCGCAGAUAACGAAAUUUAUAUCUUCGUUCAGUACUUUUGUUGACCUAAUAGCUUUAUCGCCCCUGUACAUUAAAAUCAUUGUUGAAAGUUUAACACAGAAAAAGGCUGAAAGCUUAGUGCCUUACCCACUGUUAAAAGUUGUGCGCCUGGUGCGACUUCUUAAACUAAAGCGUUACAGUGUGAGCAUACGACUUUUGUUCGAAACUAUCAUUGAUAGUGGCGAACACAUGAGACUCUUCGCUCUUUGUAUAGUGUUUAACACCGUCUUACUCUCCAGUUUUGUGUAUUUUGCUGAAGGAGAAGGCGAUAGCUCGCAGCAGUUUACCAGUAUUCCGGCAACAUUUUGGUUUACCGUCAUUACUCUAUCAAGUGUUGGUUAUGGUGAUUAUGUUCCCACUUCUGCGAUAGGAAAACUUGUGGGUACAUUUUGUUGUAUAGGAGGUACCGUGGCUAUGUUUUGUUUCACGCCUGUGCUAUUUACGGAAUUUCGUAAAUCCUGGCAGCGUUAUUACAGCGAGAUGUUAAAAAUUAAGGCUGAGAGAGGCGAGGAUUCCCGUGAAGAUGCUCAAGUGCAUUAUAGAAGUCAAACUGUUCGUCUGCGAUGUCAGGACGAGCUGUCGCAAGCAUUACUUGAAAGUAAGAAUGCUCAUAGUUGA